ACGUAUAUACCCUCUUCACCCUACAAAAACCCUAGUAACCUUCUCUUAUUUUCCUCUUUUUCACACUCUCCUCCUUGCAGCGGCUACAAGAUCUGAACUUUGAGUGUCAUUGUUGUCAAUCAAGCUAUGACUUUGGUCUUGCAUGCCGGAAACACAAACAAAAAUGCCUUUAAGGCACUCAUUGCCGCAGAAUACAGUGGUGUGGAGGUCAAAUUGGUUCAGAACUUUGAGAUGGGUGUCUCGAAUAAAACUCCCGAGUUCCUCAAGAUGAACCCCAUUGGAAAGGUUCCUGUGCUGGAAACACCCGAGGGUCCCGUAUUCGAGAGCAAUGCUAUUGCUCGUUAUGUUACUCGCUCAAAGGCUGACAACCCUCUACAUGGUUCUACAUUGAUUGAUUAUGCUCGUAUUGAACAGUGGAUUGAUUUUGCAUCCAUGGAAGUUGACGCUCAUAUUGGAAAAUGGCUCUAUCCAAGAUUGGGUUUUUUUGUUUACCUUCCUCCAGCUGAGGAAGCUGCUAUUGCUUCAUUGAAGAGAGCACUGGACGCAUUAAGUAUUCACCUUGCUUCCAAUACCUACCUGGUUGGGCACUCAGUCACCCUUGCUGACAUUAUCAUGACAUGCAACCUCUAUUCGGGUUUCACCAGGAUCUUGACGAAGAGUUUUACCUCGGAAUUUCCUCAUGUUGAGAGGUACUUCUGGACCAUGGUUAAUCAACCAAAUUUCAAGAAGAUUAUCGGUGAAGUAAAGCAGGCAGAGACCGUGCCACCUGUUUCAUCAAAGAAGCCUGCAGCCCAGCCUAAAGAGACUAAACCAAAGGCCAAGUCUGAACCAAAGAAAGAAGCCAAAAAGGAGGUUGAGAAACAGCCAGCGAAGGCAGAGGCUGCAGAGGAGGAAGAGCCACCAAAGCCCAAACCAAAGAAUCCUCUUGAUUUGCUGCCUCCCAGUAAGAUGGUACUCGAUGAUUGGAAGAGGUUGUAUUCUAAUACAAAGACAAAUUUCCGCGAGGUUGCAAUUAAAGGAUUCUGGGACAUGUAUGAUCCCGAGGGAUACUCACUCUGGUUCUGUGACUACAAGUACAAUGAGGAGAAUACAGUCUCGUUUGUCACCAUGAACAAAGUAGGAGGAUUCUUGCAGAGAAUGGAUUUGGCGCGCAAGUAUGCUUUUGGUAAGAUGCUGGUGAUUGGAUCCGAGCCUCCAUUCAAGGUCAAGGGAUUGUGGCUCUUCCGUGGGCAACAAAUCCCUCAAUUUGUCCUUGAUGAGUGCUACGACAUGGAACUCUAUGAGUGGAAGAAGGUCGAUAUCACCGACGAAGCCCAGAAAGAAUGUGCGAGUCAGAUGAUCGAAGACUGCGAACCUUUCGAGGGGGAGCCUCUGUUGGAUGCCAAGUGCUUCAAGUGAUGAGUUAAACUAUGUCGCUGCGUUUAAGCUGAACCUAUUCUCUAUGCUAUAAUUAUUCCAGUUUUGUUUUUGGUAGACUUGUGUGUGUCAUUAUUUGGGAAAUCAGAUACUCUUUUUCUGAUAGUAACCAUAUAAAUUAUCAUUA